GUUGGCUGAUGUUGAUGCUCCGGUAACAAAUGGUCGUCUGGUUUUACGUCUCACCGGAUCCUUACCAGAGGCGUAUGGUGGUAUGGUGGACUUUAUACAAAAUCAAGAGCCUUUGCCCUCCUUUGAGAGUUGUCAUUCGAGGCUGAAAAUGGUGGAGCGUACCAUUAAGGCCCGUCACGCUCGUGAAAAUGGUGGUUCUGGUAGCAGGUCCGGUGGUGCCGCCAUGGUUGCUGCUCAUUCUUCUAUGAUGUCUGACUCCUCUGCAAGCAACAAACGCAACAACAAUAAUAAAGGGAGGGGGAAUUCGAAAAACAAUGGGAAGAAAAAGGCCCAACAAAAUUAUAAUGGGGCCGGUGCUAGUCAGCCGACACACAGCCGACACAUCAAUCAGACAGUGGCAGCCAGCCCAAGGCCCAAUCCAGCGGCCCAACGUCCUACCUCUCCUGGGUCAGGCUUACUUGGGCCCCGACCUCAAGUUUUCAAUGUUGUUGCUCCUUCUGCUUCUAGCUUCACAACCACCAACAUUGAGGCCGCUAUGCAUGCCCUUUCAUUCUCUCAACCUGAUGGUAACUACUACAUGGAUACCGGUGCUACAUCUCACAUGACGGCGGAUGCAGAUAUUCUCUCUUCUUAUUUCAAUUCAAGCAAUAAGCAUCAUAACAUUGUUGUUGGUAGUGGUCAUUUACUUCCAAUUGUUGGUCACGGUCGCACUACAUUGCCUCCCCUUCUCCACCAUUUACCCUAA